UGUCAAUUCGAGAGCUGCGAAGUGUAUACGCUCGCGUCUAUUACGUGCUGUUUAUAGUGGAGUGGAUUUUGUGAUGAGAUUAUCGAAUGUCGUGAAGUGAAAGAUAGUGUUGUUUUUAUCAUAAAGUGUUAACUCAGUGUGUCCUAAACUAUGCUUAUCGUUAAUUUUAAGUGAUAAAUCAAAAUGUGUGAAGCACCGUUGUGUGCAAAAUUGAUUUUUGCCACGUAGUGACGCGAAUGGGUAAUGAUUCCUAAUGUGGAGUUCGAAGCAAGAUGGUUAGAGAGACUCGGCACCUGUGGGUUGGAAAUUUACCCGAUAACAUUCGUGAAGACCGGAUAAGAGAUCACUUCAAACGCUAUGGCCGAGUCCAGAAUGUCAAGUUGCUGGGUAGAACUGAGAGUGCAAAUGCGAUCCCUGCACCUAGCGGUGGAUCGAGUGGCGUGUGCGCUACAGUUGCCUUCAUGGACAUCAAGUCGGCUUCCAAAGCGCACAACGCUGAGCACGUGCUCGAUGAGCGUACCCUUACCACCGAAUACUAUGAGCCGGCAGCGAUACCCACGUCAGCGGGCGCUCCUUCGGCCGGUUCAUCGCCAGCUGGCUCUGGCUAUUCAGGCUCUUCAUCCUCCGUGAACUCUGCACCUGCUCCCGCUUCCGUUUCGCGUUAUCAUCUCUCAGGCGGCGAGGAGAGUACAGGAAAUGCGUGUCCUAUAGCUGCGACAGCGGCGGCGCCGGCUAACUGGCGGGGUACCAAUGAUAGUGCAACUGAAUAUUGCCGACGUGGGAACACCCCUGCUGGGUACGGUCGCUACCAAAGGAACAACAGCUCCAAUGCGCCAUAUUCAACACCGCCUUCCAAUGUCGAAAGGACAACAACAACAACAACACCUCAUCACCGAUGGUACGCAAGUGGGACGGGAAGCGGGGGCGGUGCGGGGGGCGCGACGGGCGGCGAAAGCACGCCAAGCACGCCGGGCGGCGGCACCGAGGGCGGCGGGCGGCGGCGGCGGCACUCGGGCUCGGGCUCGUCGCGCUCCGAGUCCAGCUCCCCCGAGCCUAGCGACACCUCGCGCGCCUCCACGCCCGCGCAUCCGCCGCCCGCGCAGGCGCCGCAUGCCAACCACCGCACGCCUCCCACGCACCAAUACCAAUGGGCGUCGACAGCGAACGGCAGACCUCUCGCAAUAUGCGUUCGGAAUUUGCCGACCAGAUCGACCGAUAGCUCCCUCAAAGAUGGUCUUUACCACGAAUACAAAAAGCACGGGAAGGUGAUGUGGGUGAAAGUGGUCGGUCAGAACGCCGAUCGGUACGCAGUAGUGCGAUUUAAAAAGCCGUCCGACGUAGAAAAAGCGCUCGAGGUGUCUCAGGAUAAGCUUUUUUUUGGAUGCAAGAUCUCAGUGGCACCCCACCAAAGUUGUGAUGAAGACGCCGACUCGGCUAAACCAUACGAGACUGAUAUUGACGAGUAUCAUCCCAAGGCAACGCGGACUUUGUUCAUCGGUAAUUUAGAAAAAGAUGUAACGCAACAACAACUUCGGGAUAAAUUCAAGCAUUUUGGUCGCAUCAUAGAGAUCGACAUUAAGAAGGGCAGUGGCGGCGGCGCCGGCUAUGCAUUCUGUCAAUACGCGUCUAUAUCAAGUGUGGUGGAAGCUAUCCGCUCCAUGGACGGCGAAUAUGUGGGCGGCUCCAGAGUCAAGUUAGGCUUUGGAAAGCCGGUCGCUACUACCUGUGUUUGGGUGGAUGGCCUCACGGAACACACGGAAAAGCAGGUGCUGGGCGCGGUGUCCCGCUGCGGCGCGGCCACGUCGGUGUGCGUGGACCGCGCGGCGGGCGCGGCGCUCGUGCACUUCGAGCAGGCGGCGGCGGCGGGCGCGGCCGUGCGCGAGCUGCGCCGCGUGGCCGCGCAGGCCUCCGCCGCCGAGCCCGCGCACCCCAGGCUCUGUGUAGACUACGCAUCGAGAGAGUGCCAGGAAGCUUUCUACGAACAACUGGAGAAACAUGGCGGCUCCGCCGUGCCCCCGGGGGAGAGGGUCGGAAAUGAUAUCACCGGACGGUACCUACCUUCCACGAGGCACGACUCUAUCCGGUACGAUGGUUCCCGAUCGCGAGCGUCCAGCUACACCCGCGGUUCGUCGCGCACGCCGCGCUAUCCCGCGCUCGACCAUUACGACACGCCCGACUACUCCGCCGACAGACGAUACAGGGUAUAUGAGGAGUUAGGGUCCAGUCCGCAAACGGAAGACACUCCAUAUGAAGACAGACUGCAGUCGGUGGUGGUGUCGCCGCAUCGCGCCAGGCGGCACCGCCGCGACUCCAGCACCGAAGAUCGAAAGCAUUCGAAGGAGCGCCACCGCAGCGCCGGCGGUAGCGUGAGUACGGCGUGCGGGCGGCGGUCGCGCUCUGGCUCGCGCGCGGGGGAGCGACACGCGCGACGUAGACACCGACGCCGGAGGGACGUCUCCGCCGAUAGGGCCGGCACUCCGCUCAGAGAUGAGCCAGAUGCAAUCCCUAGUGAGCCGCGACGUCCUCCUCGCGAGCGUCCAGCUUUGCCUAUGAGCCUGCCGCUGCCUCGGUUUGCGGCGCAAUUAUUGCGUGCCGCGGCUCCCACGCCCCGCACCGCGCCCCAGCCGGCGCCCGCGCCUGACUCCCCGCCGCGCCCCCGCUCCGCGUCCUCCUCCAGUACCGGCUCCGCGCCGCACUCGCCUUCGCUAGAGGAGCGCAUCAGAAGUCUCGACGAAAAGUACGAACGGUGGAGCGGGUCCCGUGCGCUCGCGGAUGCGCCCGACCGCGCACGCCUCCGCCACCGACUUCUCGAGGUGGACAUCAAUGAGGUGAAGCCCUCCGAGGUGGUGCGCUCGCUGCUCGCCAAGCGCUCCGUGUUCGACGAGGAUUCGGAGCGACUGGAGGGCGCGCGAGCCCCUAGCCCUGGCGGUAGCCCGCGCCGCUCGGGCUCGCGGCCGCUCCGCUAUCCCUUCUCCACGCACGCGCCCCCGCUCCCAGCGGGACCCGCGCCCUCCGCCAAGCCGGCGCUGCAGUCGGAGAGCGAGGUAGACCCCGCAGAGCGCCUCUCCGACCCGAGACUAAACCGACCUCCCCCGGAGAGACCGCACCAGCUAGAUCGACUCACCGACUACCGAAUUCGUCCCAGAACCCCUUCGACGGAUAGAUCUCAACCGGAUCCUUGCGAAAGAAGAGUCGAAGAGCUCGACGCGGACUCAAGAGGUAUCCACGAAAGAAGGAGGCGAGAUUCCCUUCCCUCCAUCGGCAACAAGUUUAGUGCUGAUGCAGGAAAUGACAAGGACAGUGGUGAUGUACCCAAUCGAACAGAGCCAGAUCUACAAAGCAAUGAAGCGCCCCCUAGAGAAAGGAAUAUAACCAAGGAUAAUUUUGCCCCCCUAGAUAGACGACAAGAAAAGACUAAAGACAAUACUAAUAAUAACCUCUUUGAACGGAAACCGGAAAAAGAAUUAGAUACAUUGGUUGUUGACCAGUGUGAAGAAAACAUUGCUCGUGACAUUGCAGAUAUUUUACUGAAGCAAGAAAAGGAGAAUGGUGAAAUUGAUGCUCCUGAAGAAAACUUGAAUAAGGAGGAGAAAGAAAUUCAAUCAAAUUCUGAUUUAUCUGUCCCAACUGAAGUAAGCAACUGUGAUAGUGAAAAUAAAAUAGAAGAUACAAAUAAUUCGAUUAAAUCUGAACCGGAAGUGUGUAAAGAUAUACUAGUUCAAAAUAAUAUCAAUGACUAUUUAGAUUCAGAGCCACCGCAUAUUCUCUUGAGUGCUUCUGAUUUAGCAAAAAUAACAAAAGAAGUUUCUCAAAUGGUCUCACAGGAAUAUCAUAAGGCUGAAGACAAAAACGGAAAAGAAAAAUUCAAUCAAAAUACUAUUUUGGAUUCAGUACAUACAAGCAAUAAGUUGGAAAAAGAAAAUAUUGAAUUUGUAAAAGGGUAUAAUAGUGAAAAAAUUAAUUCAGAUACAAUUUUUUACUCGGAGAAAAAGCUACUAGACGGUGAAAAGCGCACAGAAGAUCGUAGUAGAAAUGAUCGGGAAAAAAAUAGACAUGGAAAAGAACGAUCAGAUAAAGAUAAACAUGAGCAUGACAAAGAAAAAUCCAGAAGCCACAGAACUGAAAGGGUAGAUAGAAACGAAAAAGAAAAGAAGAACAAAGAGUCUGUACACACUGAAAAGUCUCACGGCGAAAAAUCUAAAUCUGAUCAUGAAAAGCAUAAACAUGAUAGAGAAAAUGAUCGAACAAAACACGCAGAGGAAAAAUCUACGCGGCAUGAUCAUCAUAGGAAAGAUAAAAUGGAUAAAGAUAAAAGAAAGGAUUCAACUGACUUAGAUUCCAAAGCUAAAAAAGAAGAUAAAAUUAAACAUGACAAAUCAAAAAAGGAAUCCCAGGAUUCUAAACGUGAGGGUAAAAAAGAUUCGGAUUUGGUGAAGUCUAGAAAGUCUUCCAGAGAUGACAUUUCUAGAGAUUUAUGUCGCAAAGAUUCUACAGACUCAUCUACGUCCAGAGCAUCUCAUGACUCCAUGAAAGUCAAAGAGGAAAGUAGUGAAAUCAAAGAAGAUUCAAAAGUAACUCUCAAAAAUUACAACACUUUAUUUUGUAAACAAGACAGCAAAGAUUUAUUGCUCACAACAGCCGACCUUGAUUCAUUAAUUAAAGUUGAAGCAAAAGAAGAGCCUGAUAAUUCUGAGAAAUUAAUUGUGAAGGGCAAAAAUAAUACUGAAUUAGCUGCCAAGUCCAAAUCAGAAGUUUCUGAAAAACAAAGACAUUAUUCUGUUGAUUCACCAACUGCUGAUGCUAAACGUAAGGAGCGUUUAAAUUCAUGUUCAAGUUUACCUCCGAAUAUUGGGUACAAACGCAGAAUGUCUUCUCACGAUAGUUUAGAUUCUGUUUAUGAAGAAACCAAAAAGAUAAAAACUGACGCGAAAAGUCUUGAACGACGAGAUUCAAAAGAUUCAAAAUCUUCAUCAAAUCACCAAGAUUCAAAACAUAAAACGGCCAAGUUUAAUAAAGGUCAUUUUGCAAAAUUAAUAGAAAGUAAAACAAAAGAUGAUAAAAAGAAUCAGGUUAAACCGCCCGAUGAUAUUUAUGAUGUAAAAAAUAAAGAAGAGAGCAAAGAUCAAAAACCUGCUGACAAAAUGAAAUUGUCCAAAAAGAGUCCCAAAAUCACUAAUGAUGAAAAAAUUAACACUGAAGCCUCUUCUGAAAGCUUGCAUCAUGAUCUAGACUUUCUUGCCACGUUAGAGCUCCGAUCCAGUGAGGAAGAUGAAAAGCAACGAGCACUAAGAAAAGAAAUGAAGGAAAAGAAACGUAUCCAACAACUGCAACAAAUACAAGCACUACAAAUGCAACAGGAUGCCCUACACCAAGCAGAACUUUCCAAAUCAAAAGAUGAAAAGAAACAAAAAUGUGACGACAAAAAGAAAGAGGCAGCUCGCGAGAAGCGUAUGUCAAUUGAGCGGAAGAGCAGGGAAGAUAAGAACGAUCUCAAUAAACGGAAAAAUAGAAAGCAACUUAGCACAGAUAGUUCUGACUCUGACGAACCUAAGAAACAUUCUAUUUUCGACAUAGUUGAUGACGGUCCAACUUAUAUAUCCAUGUAUGACAAAGUCAAAGCUCGUUCUUGUAAAAAUAUGCAAAAGCAAGAAGAAGAAAAACGACAAGAAAAAAUCAAAGCAAAAUUCAGUCAACUAAAACAAAGCAGGGCAAAACGCGAAGAGAAGAAAAGAUCUAGUUGGGAUGAAGAUAGUGACUCUGAACAAGACAGGAAGAAGACUCACAAAUCAUCAAUUGAUAGCUCUACAGACGACGAUCGUUUGAUGAUUCAUAACAAAAAGUUAGAUAAAUUACAUCGGACAAGCCUUGAUUUUGAUCGUAUUAAAUCCAGUGAUUAUUUCAAUGCGGUUGGUAGUGAAGAAGAUUUAAGAAAUAAAUUAUCCCGCAAAAAUUCUAGAACUCGCAUUAUGUCUGACACAUCUGAUGAUGAAAGAUCCAAUAAAAGAAGUAUCAGUAAAAGCCCUCCUUUUAUUACUAACAUCAAAAAAGAAAUUAUCUCUGAUUCUGAAUCUUCACAAAGGACUAAAGAUGAUACUUCAAAAGAAGUCAGUGAUGACAAAAUAAAAAGGAACUCCUUAUUAAAUUUGUUUGGUAAGAGUGAUAGUGAGGAUAGUAAAUUAAAAUCAAGCGUGGAAACUGAUUUGGAAUACAAACAUAACUUUAAUAAAUCUGUCAUAGAUUUUUCUUCAGAGAGCGAAUCUAUGACUUCGAACAGAAAUGCUUUGGAAAUUCGUAAAAAACAUAAACGAAAACAAAAGAAACAUAAAUUCUCUUUUUCCGACGAUGACGGUAAAGUGCAUGAAAACAGUGAAGGCUUUGAAAACAAACAUAAACAUUCUGAAAAAAUGCGGCGCCACAGUAAUAAAAAAGAAAAAAGGAAAGAUAAAACCCGUGAAAGUGUAGAUACUGAUGAUACUCGGGAAGACAAAAUUCGAUUCAAGAAGGAGAAAAAGCCCACCAACAGUUCUUUUGAAUUUUCAAUGGAUUCUGUUUCUAAAAAAGAAGGUAAAAUGGAGGAUAUUUUUGGUCCACUGUCAGAUGAAUCAGAUAAAGAGGCAAGAGUUUCACAACCAAAUAAUAAACUAGACUUCUCCCAUAGUUACGAGUCCUACAGUGCCCCUCAUAAUCAACCAACCCUUGCGGUAAAUUGCGACGAAAGCAAAUGUAAAGAGAAAGAUGAAAAUAAACGGAAAAAAGAGAAAAGGAGAAGAGAUAAGAGAUAUAUUGCAAAGGAAGACGAAAAUAGCUUAGACGUAGACGCAGUUAGUAAAGCCAUUGAAGCCCGGUUGAUUGAAGACACCGUGUCUGAUGAUGAAAAUAGAUCUAUUUUAGAAACGCUGGAUAUUAAGCGUGACGAUACAAAUGAGUUUACAUAUAAAAAUGAACUUUCUGAAAAUAAUAAAAUCAAUGAGCGGCAUAGUGAGAAAAAUAAAAAAGAUUGCAGGGAAAAGAAGAAGAAAAAGAAAAGGAGCAGAGAACAACGACAAAGUCGUAAAGAUCAUCACCAUUAUCAUCAUCAUCAUGAUAAAUUGGAAAAGUCUGACAUUUUACUUGAAAAGCCUCUUGUUGAAAUCUCUAACAAAACUCUGCUUUUAGAUAUACCUCUUCCGAAUGAGCCGGAAAACGUUGCUGAUAAGUCAGAUGAUUGUAAGUCACUCUCUGAGUCUCCUAGUCUACCUAGACUAACAGAAAGUCCCCCAACUGCCAUACCAGAUUUAGACUCCCGCGAUGCGGAUCCUAGUUCACCAGGAGUUAUAUCUAUUGAAUCUAGCAUUGAUAGUGAGUAUUUGGGAAAGAAAAUGAUUGAAGUCGAUGAAAUACCUAUGCCUGCUCCCAUUGAAUGUGAUAUCAGUGAAGUGCCCUUACCAAGUGGUGAUCCUGCGCCAAUAAUUUCAGAUCAAAGUAAUAGUGAAUCUACGUCAUUUUCCUGCACGCUUAUGGACACUAUUGACAGUAGCGAAACCGCUGUGCGCAGCAUAUCAAAUUUGUCUGAUACUAAUUCUAAUGUAGAAAAAGUGGAAAUGUCACCGAAAAAUGAUAAAAAAGUGGAAGAAAAACCAAGAGCAAUAAUAUCACAAGAAGAGACGGCAGAUGCGGUGGCUGCUCUUUUAGGUGAAAGUUUUGGCGGCAAAGUUGAUUUUUCUGACUAUGAACAAGUUGAAACCAAUGUUUCGAGUCAAACUGAAAUAGAAAGUGUUACAAUUGAAACUGAAACUAUACCUGAAGAAGAUGCCGAAGAAAUGAGACAGGCGGUUCAGAACUUAAAUGCUUGUGAAAUGGAAAUGAAACCAGACACUCCAGUAUCAGACAGUGAUCUCUUUAUUGACACUGAUACUGAGGAAGCUGAUGAGACUCCCCAAGAUGCAAUUGAAACACUGCCUAUAAAUAUAAUUGCUACAAAUCAAUCCUUAAGUACAUCUGAGGAACAGUCAAAAAUAAUUUCUAAACCAAAAACUACUGUGGUUAAAGUAUUGACAUCUGAAGGAAAUGAAUCAAGCCUGAAAAGCAAUGAUGCUGAAUUCAAGAUUCAAUUAGCUAAACGGGAAACAACGCAGCAAAUAACUUCAACUGCGACUCCAGUGAUAACAUCUUGGACUUUAAGUAGCAAUAAAUUAGAACCGCAUCAUGUUUUAAAUAUUCAGCCUAAUCAGUUGGUGAGUAGAGAAAAGUCUGAAGUUAAGCCAACACAUAUUACAGCUAAUAUUGUGCAAAUUAAGACCCCAUCAACUCAGAACAUGCAAAUGAAUAAUACUUUACGGCCUAUCAUUGCGCCCGCUCGAGUAAGCGCACCCUACCAAGUAAUAAACCAAAUCAUUCGGCCACAAGUGUCGAACAUGCAACCUCCAACUAUAAAAAUACCAGAACAACACAUUUUAUAUCAAAAGUCACCAGGAAUAGUCAUAUCUCCUAGAAAUACUAAUGAUCCAAGAUUACAAAGUCCCAAAUCUACAUCUCAGAAUGAAGGUUUGCUUUCUCCACGAUUGACUAAUAUGGCUAUAUUGAGUACUCCGCAAAGUUUAAAUUCAGCCGGUAUCGGGACACCUAAUAUGCAGCAAAGAUCUCCUGGUCAAGUGACGGUCGUAAGGAUGCAACAACCAUCAUUGAGCCCCAUCCAAGCAAUGCAUUUACCACAUGGUGCUAGAACUAUGGUGUCCCCGAGCAGACCUAAUUCUGUGCUAGUUCAAACCCAGGGAGCCCCAAUACAAUUUAAUCGAUUACCGGUAACUCCAGUCUUAGCACCUAUUUCAAAACAAAUAAGUGUUGGCAACAUAGUCCAGAAUAAAGGAAAUAAUGUCAGUGUUUCACCAUCUAUUCAUCAUUCGAAAAUAAUAACUACAGCAGAUAUAAGAAAAACGGAUUUAAGAAAUACUUCUGAUGGCAUUAGCGAGCCUAAAAUAAUUUUGUCACCGACUAGUUUACAACAGAAUAAUAACCCCACAGUGAUGGCUCAGAAUCGUCUCAUAUCUAUGCAAAAUGCAAUGCAUGUUGGAAAUAUAAAUACUUCUCUUCAUUUACCCAAUAAAGUUUUAAUUAAUAAUAUAAAUUCCCUAAACGAGAAGAGAGAUACUCAAACACAAAAGUCAGAUCAACAUAAUCAUAUACCCUUUGGUUCGCCGCCAAUAAUACAUGUAGCUGGAGUUAAUCAUUCUACUGCGUCAAUCAUUCAAAGUGGAACGAAGCCAGUGAUGUGCACAAUUCAGGAACCCAAUAACAUUAACAGAAGUCAAAAUUCUAAUGUUAUUCAUACUUUAAAUUCGCCGAGACUGCUCACAACUGCACCUAUUAGUAAAGUCAUUCAAAUUGAUGCUGCCAAUAAGGGAGCACCACCGUCGGUGUUAUCAAUGGCGACUAUCAGGUCUCCAACAGUCUUGACACGAUUAGAGUCUUCCAAUUCAGUUGCAGUUACGACAACUAGUUUAACUAAUGUAGUAAUGACGCCUUUGUUAUUAAAAACCACAAAUGCCUCGGGAGCUAUAAGAGUUAACCAAGAUAAAGCUGAAAGUCAAAGUCAUCAUAAUCACAUAGCACAAGGAACGGAUAAACAAAUUGAAGAAAAAUCAAGUCAGUCUCCAUUUUUAUACGAUUCUAUAGAUAAAGAUAAGGAAGGAGUACAUUUGAAAAAAGUUAAGUCGUCUGUGGAAAUUAUAGCAAAAUGUGAGACAGAUUUUGAAGAACUUCUUAAGGAUAACACUAAUGAAAUAAAGGUGACCAAUGAUCCCGAAAAGAAACUUGAAGUAAAUGUUGGUAAAACUGUUACUCUUAUAACCACCAAUUUACCCAGUCGUGAUAGAAGAGAACAGAGUACUGAUGAGUCGAAAGACGAUGUUCAUGUAAAUAAAACACCAGUUGGAGAUUUGAAGUUGGAGCAAACUGUUUCUCAAAAGGAUAACAAUAGAACCUUAUCUGAUUCUGAUACAAGUCAAACUGAAUCGCACAAAUCAGAUUCUAAAACUUCCAUUCACAGUUUAGACCCACCGACACUACUCAAAACUGAUCUAUUUAUGAGUAGUAGUUCAGAUACUAGUAUCAUCACAUUAGGUAAAACAUCCUUUGAAGAUAUUAAACUAAAUAAAAUUGAAACGGAUGACACCAAUAUUUUCAAUUUAUUACCAAAAGACACAGAUACCCAAGAAAAUCAGAUGAAGAAUUUAGAUGAGAAUGAUUCUUGGAGCGCUAAAGACGUUAACAUAGAUUCCGUUAUUAAAAAAGUCGACUCACUUUGUAAUGAAAACGUUGAUGAACAAGAAUUAAAACAGGAUUUAACAGGUAAAGAAUCAGUUGCUUUGACCCAAUUGAAUUCAAGUUGCGAAAAAAGGGAAAGUUCUCAAUCUUUAUCUUUAGAGACAUCUGUUGAAACUGCCACUGAAAGUAAUGAUGACGAAUUCAAUGUAGUUAGAAAUACCACCAUUAGUAAAAGAGGUGGACGUAGUACAAGAGGGAAGAAAUGCGAAAGAAAUCAAGAGAGAGUACAAACCAGACAAAUAUCGAAACCUCCAAGAGGUGGAUCAACUAAACGUGGAAGAGGCCGGGCUAAACUUGACAAAAAAGUGAAAAAUUUUGUUAACAACAUUGCCAAUAAUAUGCCUGGUGAUGUAUAUGAUUUCCACGAAGAUUCUGGUGACGAAACUUCGACAUCGCCGACUAAAUCUGAAGCUAGACCGAGACUGAUUUUGACGAUAAAAAGUCCACAGCCAGGUCUCACGAACGUCACGUCUUCUCUCGUUAUAAAAGAUCAGCCCAAGACAAACGAAAAAUCCAAUAAAGAUGAGAAGCCGGAAGAUUUCAUCUCACCUUCCCCGAAUACCCGUAAAUCUAGAAGGCUCCAAGAAAAAGACGUCCAUAAACCCACCGUGGACGACGUCAUAGAUGACAUUGUCAAAGGACCCAAAAACAGGAAGAGGCCCACCCGCCAAGCCGGGACGAAAGCGAAUCAAAAUCAAGAUAAGUCCGCAAUGGAUACUAGAAAAUCACCGCGGGGCGUCAAGAGGGUCAGAGACAGAAGUUUGUCGGACGCGUCGACAGAGAGCGGCGACGAGAAGCCGAAAAAAGAACCUGAACCGACAGAGGUGAAAGUACCGAGGAUGGCAGACUCUGCGGCGCCCGUCAGAGCGGAGCCCGAGCCGCCAGCGAUCCCGGCUCCGAUACCGAAACCGGUCUCUACCGCGCCCACCAACCCUACGCCGAUAAUGAAACCUCCAAAGAAAAUGAUAUCGGAGAUCAGCGCCAAGUUGGCGUCCGCGUUCGAGGCGGCCGUUGCCGCGGGUCCGCCUCGUGCCGAGGAGAAGCCGGUGACGCUGCCAUUGCGGACGGCGGCGGCGGCGGAGGCGGUUCCGCUGCGCGGCGAGGCGGGCGACGCGGGCUUCGCGCGGCGGCUGGUGGACGGCGUGGCGGGGCUCAUGCCGCUCGGCACCGACGCGGACGCGCGCGUGCAGUCGCCCGCGCUGCCGCACCGCCCGCCCUCCACGCACCGACCCGCCGACAGAGCUACACCCGUUUUGAUGAGAGGCGGUGAGGGCGAGGGCGGAAUGGGCCCGGGCGGCGGGCCGGCGGCGGGCGGGCUGGGCGCGGAGCCGGCGGGCGCGGGCGCAGGCGCGUCGCGCGGCUUCCGCGGCGCGUACGCGGGCCCCGCGAGCCUGCCGCGCGGCGCGCACCACCCGCCGCACCCCGCGCCGCUCCCCGCGCCGCUCCCCAAGCAGGUCGCAGUCGUCUCGCCGCACCAUCCAUCGCACCCCGGAAAUGCUUCCCGCGUCACGCUCACCAGCGUGCCUAACAUCAGCCCUCAAGGACAAAUGGCUAUGGGCGACGGAAUGUAUCCACAUUUUUCACAUCAGCACUACCAGAUGUACCAGCAACAUUUCCGAGCCACCCAACACGAGAGUCGGACCCCACCUUCACCAUAUACCAGGAGCCUGGAGGCGGAGGGCUGCGAGGCGCCCACGCCGCCGCUGGAGCUGCGCCGGCCGCCGCCGGGCGCGCGCGUGCCGCGCCCCGCGCACUCGCCCGCGCCGCCCCCCGCUGAUCGGCUCAUAAUGUACGCAGUGGGCGCCGGCGCCGGCUGCCCGCGCGGCGCGCGCUCGCCGCCGCCGGCGCACAGCUCGCGGCCCGCGCCGCUGUCGGGGCUGCCCGCGCCGCCCGCCGUGCUGGGCCCGCCGCACGCCUCGCAGGUGCCGCGCGAGGCCGACUCGCUGCAGAUGCUGCUGCGGCGCUACCCGGUGAUGUGGCAAGGGCUACUAGCUCUGAAGAACGACAGCGCGGCCGUGCAGAUGCACUUCGUGGGCGGCAACCCGGGCGUAGCGGGCGACACGCUGCCGCGGCUCGCGGACGGCUCCACGCCGCUGCUGCGGAUCGCGCAGCGCAUGCGCCUGGAGCCCGCGCAGCUCGACCAGGUGCACCGCAAGAUGAAGAUGGAGAACGAACACUGCAUGCUGCUGGCGCUGCCAUGCGGGCGCGACCACAUGGACGUGCUGCAGCAGUCCACCAACCUGACGGCCGGCUUCAUCACCUACCUGCAGCGCAAGCAGGCCGCCGGCAUCGUCAACGUCGCGCCUCCCGGACACCAACAGGCGAUGUACACUGUGCACAUCUUCCCGUCAUGUGACUUCGCCAACGAGAACCUCAACCGCAUCGCUCCCGACUUGAUGCACCGCGUGGCGGACAUCGCGCACUUGCUCAUUGUGAUCGCUACUGUGUGAUGAUCACGGUGAUCAUAUUGAUCGCACCACCCAUUUCGUCUAUGCACUCGGACGUGAUCACACCGUACCCCGAUUGUGACAGUAAACGGUUCCCCGAUAAAGGACACACGUAGAUGACUAAUAAUUAUGCAUUGUAAAUAUUGGCCAGGUUGUGAAACUUUUUUAAAAACUUUAUUUUUUAUCUUAGAUAUCGGUCCACCUGGUAGAGAUCGUUAGAGACCGCGCGGAAUCGUUUCAUCCUUGAAAGAAGAUGACGAUUGUAGGAAUUGACUUGGAUUACCUCUGAGAAAGUGAAGUGUCGUUGUAGUGACGUACUAUAAUUAUUUAUUGUUAGCGCCGCGGGGCGGGCAGCCUGUAACUCUCACGAUAAGUAAGCCGUCACUUAUUUAAGACUUAGAUUUAAGUUUAAGCUUAUUUGUAAAAUACUUUUGUUAUAGUCGACUGGGUUCGACAUUAUUCGGAGUUUAAAUUUAUAAAAGUAUGAUUAAUAAAUGGCAAAGUCAGUUGAUAAAACGAAUAGUUUUGGGUUCCGAUUAGAUGAGUGGCGAUCUAUCGAGCAUUUUUUAUUGUUAGUGUAAAUUGUUAUUUUGUUUUAAGCGACUAGGUCUAAAGUAAUUUAAAGUUUGUAAAUACCGAAUUGAUUCAUACUAUAAUUCGAUUUAUUCGCUUAGGUAAUUACGGUAGGUAACGGAAACUCAUGAUUACUGGGUCGAUUGAUAACUGUUUAUUUGUAAAAAUAUGAUAGUUGAAACAUGUAAUACCGUAAGAAAACACAUGGAAAAUAAACUGUGAUUCUGACUUUUAAAUGUAGACUGUAGUUAGUCUUAUGGAACAUAAGGGUGGUGCGCUCGAUGCACUCUGAAUUGAUCUCUGACAUGCUUACAAUGUGCAUGUGUUGUCUGGACCUGCCGCAGGUCAAUUCGGAGACGAUUCGAGCGGCACUCGCGCGGGCACCUGUGUGCUGCGAUGUUCUUAGCUAAAUAAAAACAUGGUUUAUUGUGCGCGAGAAUAUGUCAGGAUGACACUUUGAUAUAGGUGACGAGCAAUUGUGUACUGUACUCAAGAUUCUUCAAAUUUGUUCAUUUUGGGCAAGUUUUUUCAUCAACCCAGCGACUACAAUUUUGUCCUUCUGUUUCUAGAUGUGUACCUUUUAACGGUUCUCAAUUAUUAAAGAACCAAACUCAAACAAUAAUAACUUUCUAUAAAUAUAUGGUUGUGCUAUUUUUACCGUUAAAAGGUACAUAUAACGCGUUAGAUAGAAGUGGCGGCCAUAAAAAUAACUUCUCAUAUUAUUUUUCACAUUUAUCCCGAUUUGAUUUUACGUUUUCUGGAGUGUCCCGUCCCGUUCUCGCUCUCUAUCCGCCUCGUCGCCCGCGCCGCCUUACAGGGUGCCACCGACAACAUAUUCUCGAUCCUCAUUUGCUCCGGCGUCAUCAGUUGAUUCAUCCUUUAUACAGUCACAGUCAUUGCCCUCAUACACACCUAUAAUUCCUUUUCUUUACGUUUAAAUUCAAUAGCAAUACUCUUGCGAUGCUAAAACUAACAAUAUUGUACUUCUCAUAAGUUGAUCGUCUGCAUGAAGCCGCGGCGGUCGAUCGAUAUCAUCGCAUCUCGCAUAACAUGUAUAGUUAGAUAAUGGUGCGACUGUUCUGUCGUGCGGAUAAACAAAGUACAAAAUAUUUUAUGUAUUGUAAUUUUAUAUUGUAUGAUAUAGAAAUUAAUAGCACAGGUAAUAUUAUGAUUAUUCUGUUUAGGUCUAAUCUGUAGAAUGUAUAAAUAAAUAUAAUGAUUGUUUGUCAUGUUUCCGUCGCAAACAGUUCUCGACUUGGCUAGGAGGAACACUAACGAACUCGUCACUUCGUCCAUUAAUUUAAAAAAUAUAAUUUUAUUAGCUAACAGAUGCCCAAUAAUGUACACUAUAUUUAUUCUAAUUUGAAGUCCUUAUAAAGGACCUCAAUGUAAAUACGUCUUCAUGGAACAUAGCAGUACAGUAUUUAGACUUGAUAUUGAAAAUUUUAUGAGAUAAGCAACAAAAGAGAAUUAUAAAAGAAGUAUUUAUUAUGAUAAAAUUGGUAUUUACUCAUUUUCCUUAUGUUAUAACAUGAAUGUAAUGAUUUUCUUGGCUGGUCCAGAGUAUAAACAUAAGGUGCCUGCCUGGAAUAUAAUGUCAUUCUUGUAAAUUAUGCUAUUAAAAUGUCAAUUACUAAUAAUUAAUAUUUUCGUAAAGUUUUCCAUGCUCCGUAAUUUUGAAAUCAAAAAAAAUCAUGGUUUGUUUCCUCAGUGAUGUUAAGUCGUAAUAAGUUAAUGCAGACUUAAUAGGUAUAACAACUGUAAACUAAUGUGAGAAGUAUAAUAUAGUUUUGUUUGUUUACUAUGUUAAAUGUGGGUUCAAUGAGAAGUUGUCACGUCGAGACGCCUCUUAGCCGGCUCGCGAGAGGCGUGGCGAUGUAGCACUUCUAUCGAUUACGCCUGUGUGUCAUUCUGUUCUCAAAACAUAUUCUCAGUGGUGAUAUGAGGAUGGAAUGGCUAAGUGCGCGGUGCUUCCUCCGAGAGCGGUUGUUGCCGUGUGGGA